AUGGCAAACACUCGGGGACAUCGACGAACUCUCUCUCAAGGCGUAGAGACACGCCUGCCACCACGAAACUCUCAGCAACAAGGAGCGCCUCCCACUAUUCACAAUUCUCAGCAACAUCCUCCUCCCCCUCAUAACGCUCAAACGCAAGGAGGUGAUUGCUCCAUUUCUCCAAACCGACAGAUGGGGGAUCAAUCAAUCCCACCUUCAUUUAACAUGGGCUCAGGAUCACUCCCUACUAAUCAAGCUGGGACCUCACGACAGCCACCACGUACGGUCCCGUGGGAAGAGUAUGAAGCAUUGAGACAACAACACGUUGAAGGCAUGCAAGCACUACGAGACAUGGUUGGUGUACUCCAAAGUAUGAUACCCGGAGGGACGCUGUCGGAUACUCUAAAAAAGUUUAUGCCACCUCUUGAACCUCAACCCGAGGCAGGAGCUGAUUCCUAUCAAGAGGCUACUCCCGAUUCACAUUCACGAUCUACGCCUCCACGCGAGGGUAGACCCAGAUCUCCACCACCAAGAAGGAUCCCUCAUUCUGUGCCUCGGAAAAAUGAAAACCCAAGAAUGGAAAAUAGGACCAGAAGCCCUCAAAAACGAAGGUAUCACGAAACAGUGGCCAGUACACCAACAAGACAUGACAACUAG